AUGUCGUACUAUCCGGGCAGCCACGCCCACCAGCAGAAUCAACAGCAGGGCCAGUAUUACCCUCCCCAGGGUCCUCCACCGCAGGGAGGAGGAGGUUACUAUUCACCACCUCCCCAUCAUCAGCAAGGGUAUGGUAACUACCCACAACCACAGAAUCAGUAUAGCUCCCCGCCUCCACAGUACCCUCCUCAACAGCAGUAUGGUAACUACGGCCCACCAUCUGGACCACCCCCGGGGCCCGAAUAUAACUACCCGCCGCAGAAUCAGCAGCAAUAUGGAAAUUAUGGCCCACCCUCGGGACCACCUCCACAGGGUGGUGGGUUUUAUCCACCACCGAACGUCCAACAUGUCCACCAUCCCAAUCAGAACUACGGGCACACUGAGGGCCCCCGACCAAACAUGGCAAGUUAUAACAACAAUGAAUAUGCGAGAGGAAAUCACAACGCUCCUCGGCCAGUGCAAGGUCCACAGUCAUUUGGACAGGGACUCAACUACAAUUGGGUUCCCAGCAAGUGCACCGGACGUAGAAAGGCCUUGUUGAUCGGUAUCAACUAUUUUGGACAGCGUGGACAACUUAGGGGUUGCAUUAACGACGUCAAAAAUAUGAAAACUUUCUUGAACGAGCGUUAUGGAUACGCCUUGGAAGAUAUGGUUAUCUUAACUGAUGAUCAGCAGAAUCCAUCCAGUCAGCCUACAAAGGCGAAUAUUCUCAGAGCUAUGCAUUGGUUGGUGAAAGAUGCAAGGCCAGAUGACUCCCUCUUCUUUCAUUACUCUGGUCACGGCGGUCAGCAGAAAGAUACAGAUGGUGAUGAAGACGAUGGGUAUGAUGAGACAAUUUAUCCCGUCGACUUCCGUACUUCAGGUAUGAUUGUUGAUGAUGAGAUGCACAGAAUCAUGGUCUCUUCACUCCAGCCGGGUGUCAGAUUAACAGCCAUCUUUGACUCCUGUCACUCCGGAUCAGCCUUGGAUCUACCAUAUCUCUACUCCACCAAAGGUGUGCUCAAGGAACCAGAUCUGGCCAAAGAGGCUGGUAUGGGUCUUCUCGGCGCUCUCGCUUCGUUCAGCCGGAACGAUCUUGCUGGCGCUGCUUCAUCAAUUACUGGGAUAAUUAAGAAGGUUACUGUUGGAGCUAAAGCUAAUGAUGUGGCGAAACGAACCAAAACAUCUCCCGCAGAUGUUAUUCAGUGGUCUGGUUCCAAGGAUGUUCAAACAUCCGCUGAUACCUUUGAAGGCGGUGAGGCAACUGGCGCCAUGAGCUAUGCAUUCAUCAGCGCCUUAAAGAAAGACCCACAGCAGAGUUACCACCAGCUUCUUAAUAACAUUCGUGAAGAGUUGGAAGGUAAAUAUCAACAAAAGCCACAGUUGAGCUGUAGCCAUCCAUUAGACACAACCACUUUGUAUGUUAUGUGA